UUUUCUAGUAACAGCUGAGACACAGCGGAGCUCUCACACAGCACACGUUUAUAUCCAAUCAAAGAGCGCAGGUGAGUCAGCCUCCUCCACUCACUGACUUUAAUUCUGCCCACAAAGAGAGCUAUCACCUGGGCGACACGGAGAGCAGACACCCAUCCCCACCGACAAACAGCUCUCUCCAAGAAGUCUCUCAGCUGCCGUGAAACAUGAAGGUGAUAAUCCUGCUACCUGUGACAAUAGCCUUGUCUGUGGCCUUGUUGGGCUUCACGAAAAUACGGAAAAGGGAGCACGACAGAGAGGAAAAACAGAGCAAGUUUCAGGAUGUCAAGCUGAGGGUGACCAACGAAAUGCUGCAAGAGUAUCAGAGCGAAGUGACCGAGGCGAAAGACUACAUGGAGACGACCACAGCUGACCUGAAAGCCCUCACGGAAGAAAUUAAAACGCUCCAGUCCAACGCAGAUAAGGCGAAGAAUGAAGCGGACACCUGCAAUGGAGAAAAGAAAAUGGUGGCAGAUCAGCUGGUGUCAGUCGAGACGCUAUUAAAAAAUCUCAAAGCUGAGCUCAAUACGAUGCAGACCGGAUGGACAGCCGAGGUGGAAACACUCAAACAGCAAUUAGCAGCGAGGAGCGCAGUGUGUGACUUUUUGAAAGCAGGAUCAGCAGAUGCAAGCAAACUGUGUGGCGAGGAACCAAAGGCAGAGGUCCCUAAACCAGAAGAACCAAAAGCAGAGGCCCCUAAACCAGAGGGACCAAAAGCAGAGGCCCCUAAACCAGAGGAACCAAAAGCAGAGGCCCCUAAACCAGAAGAACCAAAAGCAGAGGCCCCUAAACCAGAGGAACCAAAAGCAGAGGCCCCUAAACCAGAGGAACCAAAAGCAGAGGCCCCUAAACCAGAUGAACCAAAGGCGGUUGCCCCUAAACAAUAAGAAGCUAAACCUGUUUUUCCACUCACUCCACUCACUCAUUAUCUCUAUAAGAAAACCAAAUCUGUUCUUGAUACGUUUCCACGAGGUUUUGUUAUGAACACAUCACCACUGUGCAUAUUUCAGCCCUUGUGCUUAAGGAUAGUUAUUAACACUGCUCAAACACACAACAGUCAGGGUAUGGGUAAUGCUUCACUAAACUGUAUCCUGGUUGCACAGGUUUAAUGUUUAAUGUUGGCAAACUGUGUGGCUGAGACAUACGAGACACAGUAAGUAGAAAUAAUAAGUUGACCACAUCCCAUGGUGCGGCCAAGUGUCCUUUUUUCAUUGAAAACAUGCAGGUUUACUUAAUUAUCAGCCACAAAGCAGCCAUUCCUCCUUUUCAAAACCCAAUCGAUUUUUUAAAAUAUAUAUUUAUAUGCGCUUAAAACAAUAUGUAAUUAUACAUCUAUAUUUAUUAUGCGAUUCGACUGCAUGUAAAUAGGGGUUGAUGGGAAAUGCAAAAGAACCAGGAAAAAGGUCUGUUUUUAUUAGCACUGUUUCAACGCUGUACUUUGUUAUGUUUAUUUUGCUUCUGUAAAUGAUUAUUUUUUCUGUUAAGUUUUUUCUCCCUCUGUUAGAUAACUCCUUCAUGUACAAUGUUGAAAACACAGAAAUAGGUAUUGAAUAAUCGUUGUUAACCUUGUCUGCCUCUCUGUCUUUUGAGUGACCCUGCCUCAGGGUGUGUAUGUGUGUGUGUGUGUGUGUGUGUGUGACAGAGGGAGAGAAAGAGGGCGAGACCAAAGCACCGACCAAUCAGAGAACACACAGCCUCGGUCCGUCUCUCUCUAUAAGCUUCACUCUGUUAGCCUGAUGAAGCUCUGGAUGUGCACUCUGUGGUCUCGCUUCAAGCUUCAUCAUGUAUUUCUGUUAGAGAUUUUAAUAAAAUGUUCUGCCUAAACUGUUGUUUA